CUUUAUAUUAGUUAUUUUACAUUAUUUCGUAAAAAUUUUAACAUACAACUCCCUGUAAGAUUUAUUUUAUACGAAAGUAACUCGAGUACUCAGAAAACGUUAAUUAAUUUGAUCAUAAUAAAAACCUUAAGAAAAUAAAUAACACUUAGAAUAAUUAAAAAGUAUACAAUUGAUUGGAUUUAAAGCUUUCGUUACUUAGAUCCAUAAACUUUCUUCAAUGUUUGCUUUAAUGACAGUAUUUUUAUUUUAUUCAAAAGUUUUUGGGAAACCCCUACAUGAUCUGCAAAAUGUUCCAAUUGAAGCACAUUCAAAUGAUCGUAAUUUUUUUGGCUGUUAUCCUCUUCCACAUUUAAAAAAAAUUUUGUUGCAACUUCAUUCAUUAAUUCCGUAUAAUUCGAAUUCUGAAAACUUCCUUAAACAACGACUGGAAGUAAUUAAAGGAACAGUAAUAUCUAAUCACGAAUUGAGCAAAAUACGACAUGCCAUUCGACAAAUUGAAAAAAAAAAAGGUCCUAUCAUAGAACUGAAUAGGUUGUUUUAUGAAGUUCAUUUAAAAAAUUUAAAUCAACGGAUCCAAAAUGGUAUUUCUGAUGAAGAGUUGCUCUUAAUGUACAAUUAUCUUAUGCCCGGAGAAAAUCCCGAUGAAGAACUUAUACAAAAAUUUAAAGAUUUAAAAAAAGGCGAAUACCCUUCUGCAACACUCAAGGCAAUUCGCGAUCGCCUAAAAAAAAAUGACUAUUCAGUUAAAGAAGAUAUAUUUCUGCGAUAUAAACUCUUCCACCGUUUAUUAAAGAAGGAAGAAAAAAAUAUGUUACUAGAUUAUUUCUCCCGGAACGGCUUAAACGGCCAAGAAGAAUUAUAUUGGAGGUAUGGUCCAAUAUAAUUGGUAUGGUACCAAUUUUUAUGGUAAAUAAAAAAUUAAUGUAACAUUUACUUUAGACAUAUUUCGAAUUUAUCUUGACUUUGAUGCAAGUGUCAACUUAUAUACCCAAGUUUAAUUAAGACGUUCAUUUUCUCAAAGACUAUUGAAAACAUUUAAUUUUUAUAAUGAAGAAAAAUAUUAAAUAAAUGUAUACAUAUUACAAUGUACAAUAUAAACAUGUUUUUUUUUUUAUAAUACCAAAAAAUUAUUUUGUUAUCUUUAAUUAAUUAAUUAUAAAAUACAUGUAUAAGCUGAUAUUAUACUGGU